GACGGGUUGAUUUAAUUGUUGCUGGGUUUUGCCGCCUGACUUUUGCGUCGUUUUGAUCUGCCUUUCUGACACGCGCACGCUCCUCUUUUUUUCCCUCUCUUUUCCUCCGCUGAAGGUUGUGCUCAGACUUUUUUUGGAAGGAGGGGGGGAAGAAGCCGGCGAGAGACCGAAAAGAGCACAAGAAAGUGGCAGCUGAGGGCUGUGAAAUCACCUCCCCUUUCCGGGGCUGUCUGUCAGAGCGAGAGUUGUACAUUAUUAUUACUGUUUUUCUUCAUCCAUCCAUCCAUCCACCCAUCCACAUACACGCGCAGAGAGAGACGAGUGCAGGCAGCGAAACUCACCGAGACCAGCCAUGGUAGCGAGGGCUCAGCCUGAUCGGAAACAAUUACCACUGGUCCUACUGAGAUUGCUCUGCCUUCUCCCCACAGGGCUGCCAGUCCGCAGCGUGGAUUUUACCCGCGGCACCGAUAACAUCACCGUGAGGCAGGGGGACACAGCCAUCCUCAGGUGUUAUGUAGAAGACAGAAGCUCCAAGGUGGCCUGGUUAAACCGUUCUGGCAUCAUUUUUGCUGGAGAGGACAAGUGGUCCCUGGACCCUCGAGUAGAGCUUGAGAAGAGAAACCCCCUGGAGUACAGCCUGCGGAUCCAGAAAGUGGAUGUCUAUGAUGAGGGGUCCUAUACGUGUUCAGUGCAGACACAGCAUCACCCCAAGACUUCCCAGGUUUACUUGAUUGUGCAAGUUCCACCAAAGAUCUCCAAUAUCUCCUCGGACAUCACCGUGAAUGAAGGCAGCAAUGUGACCCUGGUUUGCAUGGCAAAUGGGCGUCCAGAGCCUGUGAUCACCUGGAGGCACCUCACCCCAACAGGAAGGGAGUUUGAAGGUGAGGAGGAGUACCUGGAGAUCUUGGGGAUCACACGAGAGCAGUCGGGCAAGUAUGAGUGCAAAGCUGCCAAUGAAGUCGCUUCAGCAGAUGUCAAGCAAGUCCGGGUCACUGUGAACUACCCUCCCACCAUCACAGAGUCCAAGAGCAAUGAGGCAGCCACGGGACGACAAGCCUUACUCCGCUGCGAGGCAUCAGCAGUGCCCACACCUGAUUUUGAGUGGUACAGGGAUGACACCAGGAUAAACAGUGCCAACGGUCUGGAGAUAAAGAGCACGGGGAGCCAGUCUCUGCUGAUGGUGGCCAACGUCACUGAGGAGCACUAUGGGAACUACACCUGUGUGGCUGCCAACAAGCUGGGAGUCACAAAUGCCAGCCUAUACCUUUACAAAAUAGACUGCAGCAGAAUGACCCACUCACACAAAUGGACCAGAGACCGAGAAGUGACACAGGGUUGUAUUCUACUGCUGAUCUCAAACUGAAUUAAAGCCCUUAGGCCACGACCUGCAUGACCUUCUAAACAGAAACAAAAAUAAACUAUGCAGAUCUGUCUUAGGGUGAGAGGCAUCUAAUGUAGUUUCUGUUGUGUGGUCAGAUUAAUCAAA